GGCCGGAUUCUCUACCUUUCUACGACAGCGCCGCAUGUGAGUUUUUCAAACGUUUGUUAUUUGCAAGUCACGAACUUCAGCGUGUUCUAUUGUGGUAGCUGUGUGUCAAGCUAGCGAUUGAACUAAUACAAAACCAUGGCACGCCGUUACGACUCAAGAACAACGAUCUUCAGCCCAGAAGGUAGACUGUAUCAAGUUGAAUAUGCUAUGGAAGCUAUCGGCCAUGCCGGCACUUGUCUUGGUAUCCUUGCUUCAGACGGAAUAGUCUUGGCCGCUGAGAGGAGAAACACAAAUAAGCUAUUGGAUGAAGUUUUCACUGCUGAGAAAAUUUACAAGCUCCAUGAAGACAUGGCGUGUAGCGUUGCAGGCAUUACAUCCGAUGCAAAUGUACUCACAAACGAGCUUCGACAGAUCGCUCAACGCUACCUUUUGCAGUACGGGGAAUCCAUUCCGUGUGAGCGUCUUGUCAGCUGGCUUUGUGAUCUGAAGCAAGCGUACACUCAGUAUGGAGGGAAGCGCCCGUUCGGGGUGUCCAUCCUUUACAUGGGCUGGGAUAAGCACUACGGAUAUCAACUCUACCAGUCUGAUCCAAGUGGGAAUUACGGAGGCUGGAAAGCAACAUGCAUUGGCAACAACAGUGCGGCAGCCGUUUCCAUACUGAAGCAGGAAUAUAAAGAAGGGGAGACAACACUAAAGGACGCCCUUGCUUUGGCUAUCAAGGUGCUUAGCAAAACUCUGGACAUGACGAAACUCACUGCAGACAAGUUGGAGAUGGCCACACUGACACGAGAUGAGCAGAAACACAAAACCAAGAUUUCUAUUUUGCCUUUCUCUGAAGUUGAGAAACUCAUAAAGAAACACGAGGAGGAGGAAGCAAAGGUAGAAGCAGCAAAGAAAGAAAAGGAGCGUGAGAAAGCUGUUAGAAGCUAAAUGCAGUAUUUGUCACAAUGAUAACAUUGGCAAGACCGUUUUGAGUUAGUUGUACACCUCUUUUUUUCCAACUACAAUUAAAAAGGGCAUUGCCUAAAGUUUCCUUUU